AACAAAAUUAAUUAGAAAAUGAUGCAUUCUAAUAUGAAAUAUAGAUCUUUGUCUGUGUUAUAUAGUAGUUUGAGACAUUGUGUUAGCGUACAAAUGAGAAAGACAAAUGUAUAUCAAAAUAAAAAUGUUAUAGUCAGUUUCAUGUGCAAGUCUUUUCAUAAUUUGAAUCAAAUGAAACAGAAAUCUGUUGCAAAUCCUCUGAGACAUGUAAAACCAAGGUCUGCAAGAGAGACACUGCAAUAUUUUGUAGAUAUGAAGCAAAUAAAAGUUAAAGGAGGCAAUGGAGGUGAUGGAGCUAUUUCUCUGCUUCAAUUGUGGGUGAACGAUCGUGCAGGACCGGAUGGAGGUGAUGGUGGAAAUGGUGGUCACGUAAUAUUAAAAGUAUCAGCUGGAGUUAAGGAUUUGUCAUCUGUAAAAAGUGUCACCGAAGCUUCUAAUGGUCAAAAUGGAGCUAGCAAAAAUUGUUAUGGAAAAAAUGCUGAUCAUCACAUAAUUGAAGUGCCUGUAGGCACUAUUGUGAGAGACGUAAAUGGAACUAUUCUUGCAGAUUUAGAUGAAAUAGAUAUGAUGUAUAUAGCAGCUCGAGGAGGUGCAGGAGGACAUGGUAAUACAUUUUUCAAAUCAGAUAUAAAACAAACUCCAAAAAUUGCUGAGUAUGGUGGCCAAGGGGAAAUUAGACAAUAUGUACUUGAAAUAAGAAGUAUGGCACAUGUUGGACUGAUUGGGCUUCCUAAUGCUGGAAAAAGUACGUUACUUAGAGCUAUUUCAAGAGCUAGACCAAAAGUAGCAAAUUAUCCUUUUACAACUCUAAAACCACACAUUGGAAUGAUUCAUUAUGAUGAUUAUGAACAAAUUGCAGUGGCCGAUUUACCUGGAUUAAUACCAAACUCUCAUAAAAAUCAGGGCCUUGGCAUAACAUUUUUAAAACACGCAGAACGUUGUGCAGCUUUAUUGUUUAUUAUUGAUGUUACACAAGAAAAUCCAUGGACGCAUUUAGACAUUUUAGAAUUUGAAAUUAGUCAAUUUAAUGAUAAAUUGAAUAAUCGUCCAAAAAUUAUUAUAGCAAAUAAAAUCGAUUUACCAGAAGCAAAGGACAAUUUGGAAUUAUUAAAAAAAAAUACUGAUUUUCAAAUCAUUCCAAUUUCUGCAAAAAUGGGAAUUAAUAUUUCAACUCUAUUAAAAGAAAUUAGGAUAUUGUAUGAUAACUCUUUGAAGACGAAGACUAAAACAGAUAUAGAUAUUUAA